AGUUCGGCUGAGCAUCAGCCAGAACCAGUUACCCAUAGCGUGCGUCGUGGAACGGAAGAAGGAGAGGCGGCGACUCCCUCUCAUUCUCUCUCUCUUUUCCCCAUACUAUACUAUACUAUACUAUACUAUACUAUACUACACUCGCGCUACUAUAUACUAGGCUUGCCUCCACUCUCCAGUUCACGCACGGGAAUGGAAGCGUAUGAAAGACCUUGAGGCCGCGCGAAAGUUUUGUCGUGUGUGUCCGUGUUGUGCGCGUUUUUUCGGCCGGAGCAGGAACAGCCGCCCGUGUUUUUAGAUUAGUAUUGAUACUUGGUCGCGCGGACAAUUCACGAUGACGACGAUGAUCGACUCGUCACCCACAGCUGCUAUCGGCAAUCAGGGCAGAUGGAAGCGAAGAGCCUCGGACGACGAAGACAAGAGGGAAGGAGAAGUUAAGAAGUCAAGAUACUCUUGGUACUUUACACUGGAGAGCGAAUCUUCAGAGCCCACCAGUGAGGACGAUGAGUCCAUUUACAGCAUUCAAGCAUACGAAACAGAAUUUGCAAGAGAUACAUCAGAUACAUCCACACAUUCGUGGCUCAGCAAUAAUGAAAGUGAUGUCUCUGUACAUGUGGAGUACGAACUUAAUUCACACUCUGAAAAUGAAGUCCGUUACUCGGAUAUGUCUACGUGCUCUGAACCUGAGAAUAUCGUAGCAGUUGAGUUUAUAGCGUUUCGUGACACGGAAGGACUAGCGGAUGAUAGUGAUGAUUCUCGAAGCUCUAUAGACAGUGAAAUUAAGAGGGCAGAUUUCUGGACUUGUGUGCAAUGCAAAAAUCCAAAUAAUAAUCCUAUGUUUCGAUAUUGUGAAAAAUGUUAUCAGGUGAGGAAAACACAUUUUCCGCGGAGUCGACCCAGACGGAGAGCUCGAGUGCAGAAGAAAUCGCAGAACAACAAAAUGACCACAGCCUCGUCGGUGGCUUCGGCGAGUUCAGGCCAUGAACUCUGCGAGAUGGACUCCGGUAUAGCCUCGAGUCAUUGCGAGAUAGACUCAGGAAUCGGUUCCAGCCAGGACCUCGACAAGCCUAUUACAAGUUCGCAGGCUAGCGAUGCGCCAACUUUGGACUCGCAGGCUAGCGAUGCGCCAACCUUGGACUCGCAGGCUAGCGAAGAACCGAUAUUUGGUUCGCAGAGCAUCGUAACACCAAGUUUCAACUCCCAGAGCAGCGAGUUGUCGAGCGCUGUUUCGUCUGAUUCACAGUGCAGCGAAAUUGCGACGCUGACCACGACGAGGACGACCACCAAGACGCGCAUCGUUUUCACUUCUCGUUCGAUCGACGACGUCGAUUCUGGUAGCACGCCCAAGGAAUACGAUUCGGAUUCGUAUUCUUCUGAUAGUGCCGACAACCGACAAACCAAAGAUACAGCAGACGAAUCUCAAUCUGGUAACCCAGACUCCCCGUCACCAAUGACGAUACUUACGCAGAAGCUUCAGACGCGCAAGGAGGCUAGCAACCCGGAUGCGGAAAGUGCAGAUGCUCGCUGUCUUAUCUGCACGGUGGCCCCAAAGAACAGCGCAUUCGUGCAUGGAAAAACGAUGCACAUUUGUUGCUGCUACCGUUGCUCCGUCAAAGUCUGGAUGACCAACGGCCAGCGCUGCCCCAUUUGCAAUCGCAAAGUACACAGUUUACACAAAUGUAAAUUGCAAUAAGCAAAAAUGAGUAAGGUAAUGCUUACCUCGCCAUGGGUCGAGGUAACGACGGCGGUGGUCAACAUUAAGUCUACAUAAUUACUGCUCAACGAUGGACAAUACUGCAAAUCUACUAACGAUCUUAUCAUAGAUCCCUUGAAAAGCAUACAAUGCUUAAAAUAUACUUGACAAACUAGGUAGUUGUCAUUAGUAUUCGCCCAGUAAAUGGUGAGUUAAUAUUUUAUAAGGAAAUAAAAAUGGAGGAGUGAAGCAACUUUUUAAAUUUAAACUGUUUCAAUUGUUUCUUGUAUAAGAACUUUUUCUUUUUAAGUAAUGAGCGUAUGAAUAUCUUAGAUUGUAUACAUAUAUUAUAAGCAUAAUCGCUUCCAGGUAAUUAUUUUCCAAAUAUAUAUUAUACGGUUCUCUUAAAUGUCACUGAUUUUAUAGGGGCAAUCAAGACGUCUCAUCAGGAAAUUGGGAACCGCCACAAACUAAUCAGUACACCUAUACUGUUAUAUAAUGGUUUGGACAAUACAACAGGCUUUCUCGUGUUAAUUCAUCUCAACUCCUAACCAACCUCAAUUACCAGUCGGUAAAGUUCAUCAUCGGUGGAACAUAUACUGCAAUGGGCAGUCAGAACACCUCUGCUACUCUCCUAUUUCAGGAAGUUUUCGGAAAAUUUUAAACUAUAAUAUAAUAAUUUAAAUUAAUAUUUUUUAAUUUUUCAGUAACUAAAAAAUAAUAUUCUUCUAAUCUUUGAAAUUAUAAUGUGUAAGGCCUGUUAUAGGCAAAAAAAGAACAGAGAACACGAACAGCUUAAACAUGGGUUUGUAUGUAUAUGUUUAUGAGAAACAGGAACAACUUGCUCUUUCUCAUUUAUAUAGAUAUACAAACCCAUGUUCAAGCUGUUUCUGUUCCCCUUUCUUUUUUGCGUGUAACGGGCCUAAAUUUUUAAUUUUAUAACGAAUAUUGUUCAUUAGAUUAGUAAUAUGUUUCUUUAUUUUACUAUAUUUCAUGGUUACUUAAAACCUCCCAUACCCGAGAAACAUGUCUUAUUUUGAAAUUGGUAUUCAACCAACUGAUAAGUAGAAUUAAUUCCUAACUUUUAAAAUUGUCUAAUAUAAUUUUUGCAGUUAGAAAACGAUUAAACUACAGUUUAUAACAUGCAUAUACGUUUAAUGCAGUUGGUUGAAACGAAUUAUGUGUUUUUGCGAACAGGUUCAAUAUCUAUCCACAAAUAGUACAAUAGAUGAUUUAUUUGCAAUAUGUAUAUUGUAUAUUAACUUUUUUUUUAAUUCUUUCUAUUUCAGGUAUAAGGUGUUUCCUCUUGUUGCUUUUUUGGCAUUUUUUCUUGGAAACGAGAUUCGACCACUUAUGGCAGUUAGACUGGCCGACUUUUGGAUUUUCGUUGAGAAUGGGUAUACCUCAAGAUUUUUUUAUUUGCUAAUAUUAAUAGUAAAAUAUUUGUACACGCAUUUUGUUAUAUUAUAAAAAUUCAAAAUUUGUAUAGUUAAAAUAACAUUGGGUAUUUAAUUUUUUGAUUUAUUAUAAUUUUUACUAGUUCAUAAUAAUUAUGAUUGAGACUUGUAAAAUUUACAUAUUUUUUAAAUCUAUUUAUAAAUAUUUAAAAAUACUUUAUAUGUGAUUUAUAUCAGAAGGUAAGGUCUGAUGAAUAAAUAUGUCAAAGCAGA